CAAGCCUAGCUAUGUGGUAGGAUGAUCAGUUUGAUUCGUACAAGAAAGAUAUAAAUAUGCAAAGUUUAAACAUGGAAAACUUCCAAGAAAACCGUGAAAAUUCUUUACUAGAUUUGAGUUUUGAAAAUAUUGGUUCAUCUCUUGCAACAGAGAGUGCACUAGGCAACAAAUUUGGGACGGAGGAAAAUCGCGAAGAUUUACUGUACUCCAGCAGCACCGAACCAGAAGUAAAAUCAAAGGACGGUGAUGUUUUCGAUGAGUGCAUCCCGAUGGUUAAUAGCACUUAUGGAAAUGAAAAGUCGAACGAUCGGAAUGAAACGUUUUCGGUAGUAGAUCAAGUUCCGGCAGCCUCCCAGAACGUGCCCAAUGAGUUUAGUCAUUCAGAGUUAAACGCUGAGAUUGAAAGUGAUUACAUGAAUCCGUACGCAGACAUACGAUCACAGAAAGAGGAAAAACCUACAAUCCUCGACGAGUCAGCUGCUGCACCCUUUUCUGUAGCCACAGUGGAAUUGGAAGCAGAACCUGAUAAUAACGUUGCUUCUAAAGGCAAUGUAUCCCAGACAUUGGAUAAAGUACUUGCCAAACCCGAAAUUAAAGCAACUAAAGAGUGCAUAAAGAUUGAGCAAAUGUUCAAGGACUAUGGACUGGAUGCUUGGUUUAAUCCAACAAGACUACACCCCAAAGUGGAAUCUCUUAUUUACUGGCGUGAUAUAAAGAAGUCUGCAGUCGUGUUCGGUGGUGGUCUUGCUAUUUUACUAGCAAUGUCGCUGUUUUCACUGAUUAGCGUGUUUUCGUACCUAUCGUUGCUGCUCUUGUUCGGAACCAUUUCUUUCCGAAUCUAUAAGAACGUUCUGCAAGCCGUCCAGAAGACAUCUGAAGGCCACCCAUUCAAAGAGUAUUUGGACAUGGAUCUAACCCUGUCGCAGGAGAAGGUUCAACAACUUGCUACAUUUGCUGUGGCUCACAUGAAUGCAUUAUUGACCGGAUUACGUCGCCUGUUUUUGGUGGAAGAUCUGGUAGAUUCGAUUAAAUUUGGUGUUCUGUUGUACUGGUUGACAUACGUUGGAGCAAUCUUCAAUGGCAUUACUUGUGUAAUGAUCGGAUUCGUUGCUUUGUUCACCCUGCCAAAAGUGUAUGAAAAUAACAAACAAUCGAUUGACACUCACAUAGAGAUAGUUCGUAGCAAGAUUCAGGAAAUUACCGAAAAAGUUAAAGCAGCUAUACCGCUGGGUAAAAAGACGGAAACCGAAAAAAACAAGUAAAGACAUGUUCGCAAUCGCGUUU